AUGAAGUUCGGCGCAUUUCUAAUUUCCGCCGCAGCUUUGCUGGUCCAGUUGGCCCGUGCUGACUCCCAAACAUUUGGAAUGCUUGUGGUUCGCUCCGGGUCGCCUCUGCAAUACGCUUCAGUCUUCGCAGAAGAUGGCAAGCUGUACUUGGGUGGCGCUCGAGUUGGUCUUUCCGGAACUGUAACCGAUGAUGGCAGGCUGAAGCUCUCAGACGGCACGUUUGUGGUGUUGCAACGCAACGGUGAACUGGAAGAGACCAAGGAAGAGGCUACAGCUUCAACUGGAUUUCUCGUUACGUCUGGUUAUUUGGGCUACGAUGGGUCAAUUGGAUUCACCGGCGAGCUCACUGGUGAAGGUUAUCGCUUCUCUACAACGAUGACAUCACCAGAUGACUUGGACGUUCUCAUUAAAGCCGUUCUGCCUAACGGAUCUUCGGUGCCUGACUUCCAUCCUUCACCUUCCACAACUGAUCCUGAUUGUACCAAUUACCGCAACACGACCGUGACAGUUACCACUACGAAGGAAGAUACUACCACCGCAACCAUCACCACUUGUGAACAAGGUACCACUAAAUUUUCGAGCGGUUCAAUAACACAAUCGACUUACACCGUGCCAACCUCCAUUUUACCAUCGUCAUCUUCUUACUCGAAUCGUACCACUUCAAGCUCAACAUCCCCAUAUUCCUCGACGAAUUAUGCAAACAGCUCAUCGGUUAUAACAAUCGUUCCUUCAAGUUCCACUCUCGGUGUGACCACUUCAAACUUCAGCCUUCCAGUUUCAUCAGUUUAUCCAAUCUCUAGCUCUUCAAUCCAAGCUUCGAGUUCAAAUGCAAAUACGUCCUCUCUGACAAGCUCUACAGCAUCAAGCAUAGUCACAAUUGUUCCUUCCUCGUCUAAGACUUCACAACCUUCAAGUGGAAGUCUAAGCUCGACUUUCAACGCUUCCACCUCUACAGUUCCAUCUACCACUGUAGGUAUUUCAAUUUCAUUUUCGUCAAGCAUCGUCACAGUUAUACCUUCCUCGACCAAAAUUUCACAGUCCUCCAGCGGAAGAGUGAACUCCAGCUCCGGCAGCUCCACCCCUGCAAGCACCUCGAUUUCUUCAACUGGUUCAUCUACUGUUUUCUCUACUGCUCCCUCUACUGCGUCCUCUAAUACACUUCCGGUUUCUUCAAGUAUAGUUCCAACGUCAAAGAAGGCAUCAAGCAGCUUCACAAAUACAUUGUAUUCAGGUUCUACCACACUAGCUCCUUCUUCAGUCUCUUCCAUUUCGGUGACAGGCUCGGUUCCAUCGUCUAGUCCUGUUCCUAGCUCAGUAUCUUCCACUUCAGUGACAGGCUCAGUUCCAUCGUCUAGUCCAGUUUCCAGCUCAGUCUCGUCCAUUUCGGUGACAAGCCCAGUUCCAUCGUCUAGUCCUGUUUCUGGCUCAGCAUCUUCCACUUCGGUGACAAGCCCAGUUCCAUCGUCUAGUCCUGUUUCUAGCUCAGCAUCUUCCACUUCGGUGACAAGCUCAGUUACAUCGUCUAGUCCAGUUCCUAGCUCAGUCUCGUCCAUUUCGGUGACAAGCUCAAAUCCAUCGUCUAGUCCUGUUUCUAGCUCAGCAUCUUCCACUUCGGUGACAAGCUCAGUUAUAUCGUCUAGUCCAGUUUCCAGCCCAGUCUCGUCCAUUUCGGUGACAAGCCCUGUUCCAUCGUCUAUUCCGGUUUCUAGCUCAGCAUCUUCCACUUCGGUGACAGGCUCAGUUCCAUCGUCUAGUCCAGUUUUCAGCUCAGUCUCAUCCAUUUCGGUGACAAGCUCAGUUCCAUCUUCUAGUCCUGUUUCCAACUCGGUCUCCUCCAGUUCGGUUGCGAGCUCAGCUCCAUCGUCUAGUUCGGUUUCUAGCUCAGUUUCUUCGAGUUCUGGAACUGUAACCUCAUCCGUAAUCCCAGUCUCUUCAUCGGCGACUGCUAGCUCCAGCGCUAUGAGCUCUGCUUCGGUAGUGUCUUCUCAAUUUUCAAGUAGUGCAACUCCUUCAUCGAUGACAAGUUCAACCCAAACAAGUGGUUCUAGUAUUUUAAGUGGCACUACGCCUUCGGGAUCAAGCUCAAGCUCGACUUUAUCGUCUCUAACUCCAUCAACGACCCUGAGUGGUACCGCUUCCUCAACAUUGACCUCGGAAUCCACUCCCUCAACUUCUGCUCCGUUAUCGUCUUCCUCGGUUACAAGCGCGUCGAGCGUUUCGAGCUCGAUGAAUUCUUCAGCCGCUUUGUCCUCAAGGGUCUCGUCAAGUGCAUCUUCAAACACGGCUUCUACUCUAAUUUCAUCAUCGCAAGCAAGUUCAAUCUCCUCGACAGGGCAGUCCUCGUCCGCCUCGGUAACUGCUACUAGUUCAAGCAGCCCUCAGCCACCUGCGUCCUCGACAACCGCUUCUCAAUCAUCGACAAGAUCCAGUUCAAAGAACGGUGCAGCAAACUUAGGUGCUACCAGCCUGGGUGCCGGCAUCCUAUUUAUGGCUGCUAUGCUAAUCUAA